AGUUGAUAUUCCGUCAAGAUUUGGCUGGGGAAUGAUAUAAUUUGCAUUCCUACAAUCACCCUUCUCUCUAGACUACUAGUAGGUGUAGAUUGACAUUCUUUAUGGUGCGAUUGCGAAUUGUUACGAGUAUAAAUAAACCUGGCAAAAACUCAUAAAUACGACCAAAUCCAGCUGUAUUCUCCAGUAUAUAUAAAAACUUUCCCCACUGUUUAGCCGAUUCAACCUUGUGGGGGUUCUCUUUCCAUUUCUCCCCAGAAAAGAAGUGCUAAAAAAGAGAAUACUCAGAGAAAUAGAGAGAAAGAGAGCCGGAGAAAGGAGGGGUCAUGGCCAUGGCCUUCUUCGAUGUGCAAAAGUAUACUACACAAAGAGGAGACUUCUCUUCUUGAAGCUCUGAAUCUCAUAUGUUGAUAGAUAUUGUUUUAUAAAUGAGUAUGUAUGUAUAUAUUGUAUACGUAUACAUAUAGAUACGGAAGGGAAUAUAUGCGGACACUAUACAUAUCGAUACAGAGAAAAAACAGUUGCACAGUUUUGGUAACGCCAUAAUUCCAAUCAAGUCGUCUUCUUUACUUCUUAGCUCAUCCAAAAAAAUACCUGGUGAAGAGAAGAAGCAGCUUAAGAAAAAUGGCAUAAGGCCAAAGACAGACAUGUUAGAAGAACAGUCUUGUUUGGUACCAAGAAACUACGGGAGAGAGCGUGGAAAGACUUGUAUGAAUUACCAGAUUGACAUGAAUGGCGGCAAAAGGCCAUUGGAAGAGGAUCGUAAGGAGAAAGAGUUGGCUCCUCGGAAGUUUCCAAGGCAAUCUGAUAAUAAAGUUGACACUGAUCUAACCCUAGGUGGCACUUUAUCGUCACAGUCUAGCCGAGGUGGACAUCAGCUUAGUUCAGAAGAUACCUCUCUAAUACCCGGAAUCGGUAGAGACAAUGCAAUUAGCUGUCUAAUUCGAUGUUCAAGGUCAGAUUAUGGUAGCCUUUCAGCUGUCAAUAGGAGUUUUCGGUCAUUAAUAAGGAGUGGGGAGAUAUACAAACUGAGGCGCAUGAACAGUGUGGUUGAGCAUUGGGUUUAUUUCUCAUGCAACCUCCAGGAAUGGGAAGCGUUUGACCCGAACCGUCUCCGUUGGAUGCGGCUCCCGACUAUGAACUCGAACGAGUGUUUCGUUUUGUCAGAUAAGGAAUCAUUGGCCGUUGGAACAGAGCUACUUGUUUUUGGAAAGGAGUUAAUGUCACAGGUCAUUUACCGUUAUAGCCUUCUGACCAAUUCCUGGUCAUCGGGGGUUCAGAUGAAGGAGCCUAGGUGUCUGUUUGGUUCCGCCAGCCAGAAUGGGAUUGCUGUUUUUGCCGGCGGCUGUGACUCUCAGGGAAAGAUCAUGAGUACGGCUGAGCUGUACAAUUCCGAGACAGGCACUUGGACACUUUUGCCAAACAUGAACAAGGCCCGGAAGAUGUGCUCCGGGGUGCUCAUGGAUGGGAAAUUUUAUGUUCUGGGUGGGGUCGGUGGGCCCGAGUCCAAACUGUUGACUUGCGGGGAGGAAUACGAUUUUGAAAAGAGAACGUGGACCGAAAUACCAAACAUGUCCCUUGUCCGGCCAGCCGCAGUCAGAGAAAAUGGCCUGCCCGCCACCGCCGAAGCGCCACCUUUGCUCGCUGUUGUGAAGAACCAACUUUACGCCGCGAAUUCCGCUGACAUGGAGGUUAGGAGGUAUGACAAGGGUAGCGGUGUUUGGGUGACUGUGGGCAAUCUACCCGAAAGGGCGAACUCGAUGAACGGUUGGGGUUUGGCUUUUAAGGCUUGUGGGGACCGGCUUCUUGUCAUUGGCGGACCAAGGACCGUGGGUCAAGGAUAUAUCGAAGUCAACUCAUGGGUCCCAAAUGAAGGACCGCCACAAUGGAACGUUCUUGGCCGUAAGGUAUCUGGCAGCUUUGUUUAUAAUUGUGCUGUGAUGGGUUGCUAGAGAUGAUGUUCAUAAUACUCUUGCAUUCAAACAUGCCUCUUUAGCACACAAAAUGAUAGAUUAUGAGGCAAUGGGGGUUAUUUAUCUGAUCUUUUUCUAUAUAAUUUUUUUUCUUAUUUGGAAAAAAAUCCCUUCACAUCUUUAGUUUUCUUUUUUAGAGAGGGGGGAAGGAUGGACAGAGGGAUGAUUAUCAAUCUGUACACUCAAGCUUCAACACCAUAUUUAUGUUCAAAGAAUCUUGAGUAGCAGCAUUUUCUGCUUUAUCAAUUUAAUUGUAAUCCAUUGGUGUAUUUACUUUCAUUCUGGUGGUAACAUGAAAUUUUAGAGAUAGGUUAAUAAUGACUUGUAAGGGGGAGGGGGGUUGGUUCUAAAUACAGUUGUAGAUCAUGAUUAUUGUUUGCUCAAGCUUCUGUAUAAGAAUUGUAGACAUGCAUUUUUUUUUAAUAUUGGUACUGGCCUUGUCAAGGAUGGGAAGAACAAGUGUCUUGGUUUAUUACUUGUCAAUGUACUGAACACUUUUGUUUCAGAAUGGGCUACACAUUGAAUUGAAAGUUUUGCAUCAAAG